AUGGCGAUGAGUCCGCUGGAACAGGCUCUCAUCGAGACAUGGACUCUUUACGCAUUUGGAAGCGUCGCCAUCAUGCUGAGAAUCUUCUCACGCACGAGAAUGGUCGGCAUCGCUGGAUGGCAUCCUGACGACUAUCUGAUCUUCUUUGCAUGGGCAUGCUACACAGGCAUGACGAUAGCCGCUCAUAUUGUAGGCGGAACCGGCGAUACUUCGCACCUGACGAUGGAGGAACAACAGUCAUUCACCCCUGAGCAGGCAGCCGCACGCCAAAAGGGUAGCCAGUGGUUCAUGGUCGGUUGGUUCACCUACAUCGGCCUGAUCUGGACUCUGAAGUUGAACAUGUUGUUUCUCUACAGACGAGUGGUUAGUGUAGUGUGGGUAAAAAUGUUCAUCAUCCCCACGAUGGUAUUCGUCGGCGCAACUGGUAUCUCAAUCUGGAUUCUGCUCGGCACAGCAUGUCGACCUUUUCACAAAAUAUGGCAGAUUUUGCCAGACCCAGGCCAAUAUUGCAUACCGCAAAGUCCAGCAUUUUUGGUAACCAUACUGGUGCUGAAUCUGUUCACGGAUGUAUGCAUCAUGCUCAUCCCAAUCCCCAUCAUCAUCCCACUGAAGAUCUCAUGGGGCCGCAAGAUUGGGUUGAUGGUCAUGUUCUCUGGCGCAAUCUUUAUCAUGAUAGCAGCAAUCUUGCGGGUUUACUUCGUUAUGGCGCUCCAACAGGGUCAAACAGCGGCCAUCUGGUCCUGUCGAAAAGACAUCGUCGCAGUCAUCAUUGGUUAA